CAGCAUCUCUCUCUCUCUCUCUCUCUCUCUCUCUCUCUCCACUGCACCCGAUAAAAUCAACCGAAACUUCGGCCGAUAUUAUUCACUAUACGAGAUGCCGCCGGCUUCCGGCGUUGCGUUGCCGUCCGAACGAGUCCCGACGACGAUGAUUCCCACGAUGGUUCAAGCGAUGGCGUCAGAGGCGCACGCGAAGGACGCGAUCAUCGCGUGGUUUAGGGGCGAGUUUGCGGCGGCGAACGCCAUCAUCGACGCGCUAUGCAACCACUUGAGGCAGCUCGAGGAGGAGGGCAGUGGAGGAUCAGACUACGAAUCGGUGUUCGCUGCAAUCCACCGGCGACGUUUGAACUGGAUCCCGAUUCUCCAGAUGCAGAAGUACCACUCGGUUGCCGACGUGACACUCGAGCUUGGACGAGUCGCUGCUGCGAAGAAAGUUGGAGACAGAGUGGAAGGCGGAGAGGUGAAGAGGAGUGAGGAAAUGAAAGGGUUGGAAAACGAGGAAGGGAGGAGUCUUGUGGAUUGUGAAGAGGAAUCGGUUGAUGAAGAUUCGACGAGAGAUGAUUCUCCGAACAGCGAAGUUACUGGUACCGGUAAAACGUUAUCCCAAAAAGUCCAGCCCCCAUUGGGAAACAAAGGCUUCUGUUCCAACCAUGAAGAAUGUGAGGCACGUGGUGCCCAGAUCAAGAAGACAAAAGGAUUCACAGCCAAGGAGUAUGUCAAAGGUCAUAUGACGAAUGUUGUUAGCGGUCUCAAGUUGUUUGAAGACGUAUUCACUGAUUUGGAGCUCUCUAAGUUGAAUGACUUUGUAGAUGAACUUCAGGUUGCUGGACAGAAUGGAGAACUGUCAGGUGAGACUUAUAUCUUGUUCAACCAGCAGAUAAAGGGGGAAAAAAGAGAGCUGAUUCAAUUUGGAACUCCUAUUUUUGGACAGAUAAAAGAGGAUGCAAAACCUAAAGAUGGAAACGUUCAUAUUGAGUCGAUUCCCACUCUUCUUCAAGCUGUUAUCGACCACCUGGUUCAGUGGCAUCUGAUCUCAGAAAAUAGAAAACCAAAUAGCUGCAUCAUUAACUUCUUUGAUGAGGGAGAAUUUUCACAGCCUUUUCUGAAACCACCUCAUUUGGAACAACCCAUAUCUACUCUUCUCCUCUCUGAAUCAAUGAUGGCUUUUGGACAAACACUCGAAAGUGAUAGUGAUGGUAACUAUAAAGGGCCACUCAUGCUUUCACUAAAGGAAGGGUCUCUUCUAGUCCUGAGGGGAAACAGCUCUGAUUUAGCGAGACAUGUCAUGUGCCCAUCUCCGAACAAAAGGGUAAGCAUCACAUUUUUCAAAGUCCGCUCUGACACGAGCCAAAACACUGCAUUGCCGCCACCUCCUCUAAGUCAAGCCAUGACUAUAUGGCAUCCCGGUGUCCCCACCUCACAUGCAAUUCCAAAUGGAGCUUUAAACCGUUACGAGGCAAUGCACGCGAUCCCUAAAUGGGGUAUACUUCGUGCCCCUAUUGUCAUGUUGGCUCCAAUGCAACCAAUGGUUCUGAGCCCCAGAAGGGUCCCACACAGUGGUACUGGAGUCUUCUUACCUUGGACCCUUCGGUCAAGAAAAUCGCCAAAAUAUCUUCCUCCACGCGCUAAAAAAGCAAAACUUCUUCUCACACUACCUCCCUCAGUUGAAGCAAAGGUAGCAGAUCCGUCUUCUGAUCCGGGUAUAGGCAUUGAGGCUAAAAUGGUUUGACGAAGGUAGUCAACUGAGGAAUCACUAAUGUUAGCCAAAAGUUGAGGAAGAGCUUGUGUUAUUGACUUAUUGUACAACCAAGGCCCAGGUGCUGAUAGAUGAAAUUUGUACUCGUUUCUUUUUCUUUUUGUUGGUUGUAAUGCUGUUUCUAGUGAUAUUUUUGGUUGUGGAUUGGCCCUUGUAGAGGUUUGAGUUUUGUAUAAACAGAAGCGCUUGGUUACUAAAUGUUUAUAAAGAACAGAGUUGGAUGCUUUGGAUUUGCUA